GGCGCGGUCCGACGUGGCGAUGGAGGAAAGGUAUUGUCGGCCAUGCGAGUGCGAGAUCGGAAUUAUCUCGCUGGCAGUGGGCUGCUUUUUGAACCGUGGGGUGUGGCUGUCGGUAAUAGAGCGGGAACUGCAGGUCAUUCCGUGUUGCUCUGCCUGGGUUGGGUUGACGACAUCGGAAUUGCCGUCAGUGCCAUCGGAAGAGAGGAGGAGGGGGAGGAGGAGGAAGAGGAGGAGGAAGAAGGAGAGGUGGAGGAGGAGGGAGGAGGAGGAGGAGGAGCUAUGGAAUCAUCGCGUGGAAACAGGAGCUUAGUGAAGCAGAAAUCCGGAAGGCGAGGAAGAGCCAGGCGGCAUCGUCGCUCAAAAGGUUCGGAAGAUUCGUUGGCGGACCAGCCCGAACAGAAUCAGCAUGGCGAGGCGCCAUCGCCGCGAGGUAGAAGAAGGAGAUGGGCUGACCCUCGGAGAUGGGCUAAUCGAGGGCACAAUCAGAGGGAUAGUAAUGGGGGAGGCAUGCCUCCGGACGGAUACCUUCUGGUGUGGGUCGGCCACUUCAAACCGUGGCAGAAAAGAUUCUUUCGAGCUCAAACGCCCGGUGUCCUCGAGUACUACAAGAGGAGCGACCUCAAAGGCAGGUCAGGCACCAUCAAUCUAGAGGGUGCCACUGUUGUUCCCACUCCAAACAAGGACAGACAGUUCACGAUCGCCAUUGGCAAUGUCAUAUAUUACCUGCGUGCAAUGAGCAAGGACUGCCGGCAGCACUGGAUUGACUGGUUGGACGACUCCAUCAAGAAGUUUGCGUUGCUGAAGAACAAAACACUGGAUCUUCAGAAGUCUGGGAAUCCUGCAAUGGGACCCCUCUCUGUGGAACCCAAGGAUGAGUGGGACCAACAUGAGAGAGAGUUGGCUCGCCAAGAGAAAGAACUUGCUCGCCGGAUGGACAUUAAAAUGAGAGAGAUACAUUCUGAUCGCCAAGUGUUCUUGAUGCAGUUGCAAGCAUUACAACAGAGGUUAACAUCAGUGGCAGAUGCUCUUGGGAUGGUUUCGGGUUCGAGCUCACAAAGAGAACGGUUCCUGUCGCCAUCUUACUCACUGGCUGGCAAACAGCAGAUGGCAGCUACUAUCCAUGGUGCAUCGACUUCGGGCGUCUCGUCAUCAGUGAGUUUGGAUGCGUUUCCCCAAGGAUCCUCCAGGCGCUCACUGAAGCGAUCCUCAUCUAUUCAGGGUUUGGAGCUUCCCAGCUCUGUCCUUCAAGGCUCAUUGUUGCCAGCAUCUGAGGUGUCGUUUCAUCCUUCUCAGAAUGGAGCUAGCACGAUUGAUCUGCGUCCAAGUGGGUCUAUGGAAGGGUGUGUUGCGUUUGGCGAGCACACGCCUUCUGUGGCUGGAACUGGGGGAAACAAUAGUGACAAGGGUCAUGUACAUAGGGAUGGGAACAGUGGAGGACACAGUUUGGCAUGUCCUCAUGGCACUCCAAAUCACAGACGGCAGCGAUCUCGCUCUUUGUUCUGGUGGAAGAGUGACCACUCCUCUCUGACAAAUGGCCUUGGUGGGGGCAUGGGAAAUGAAGAUGGACAUACAAAAUGCACUUGUAUGCAUGGUGGCGGUGGUGGAGGGGCAGGGGGAGUGGGAGCCUUAUGGAGGGACGGGGAAACUGUAAAUAACAUCUCCCUAAACAAUGGUGGCAGCACAGGGAUGCCAAAGGCACGGUCCGAAGGACUGCUUGGCCCCUCAGGUACCCAGUCUGCACGUUUCCCUGACUUAAAUCACGAUGAACAUUGCGCACCAUUCCUCAGUGAUCGGGAAGUGGACAACAUGGAGAUGGAUGGAUUGACAAGAAAGGGAAGGAGAGGUGUGGAAGCCUUCCCGGUUCCGCAGGCAGGAUUUGAAGAGCAUCUCGAUUCUGCAUGGAGCUUGCCACAUAGUGCAGGAUCUACGCUGGGGAAUGGUCUCCUGCCAAGCAGUCCAGUCCAUGGCUUGGGUAGUGUACAUGAAGGUGGCGACAAUUUCAGUGUAGGCUGCUCUACCCCAACGGGGGGGGUAGCUCGUCACCAUCAGGGACCAGGAUCCAGUACGCAAUCUGACGAGUCUCCUGGUGGAUUAUCCCCGCCACCAACUGUCACAUCUACUGCUGCAAUGCCAAUGGUUGGACUGAACGGGCAUGGAGUAGGUGCCAAUGAAAAGCGUGGUGCUAUUUUCCAUGGGGUUACAGGCAGCAACCCAUUGCUGGAGGCUUGGGAUCGACUGCAGGCGACAGUUGAGGAGGUGUUACGAGAGGAGGUACAGCGGGUGAUUGAGUUGGAAGCUGAAAAUGCCGAUCUGCAGAAUGAACUUUCAGCGAUGCCCAAUUUGAAGCAAGAUCUGUAUUCGGCAUCCAAGAGGCUUGAAGAGGUGUGUCGUUUACUGCGGUUGCUCUUGGCUGUGUUCUCUGUUUACAUGCUCACUCCCAAUAAGACUUCUAGAGGGAGGCUUGGGAGAGGUGAGAGGGAGGCAGGGGAUGCAGCUGCAGCUCCUGCUCGUGCUCUCGCCAAUAAUGCCGCAGGGAGGCAGGGGCUGCAGCUGCAGCUCCUGCUCGAGCUGGCGUGGGAACAGGYCAGAAAUAGCCUGUUCCGAAACCCAGUUUUCAUGCCUGAAUCUUAGGGCAGGUCGAAACAAAUGAGGGCCUAAAAA